UUCGCAUUAAAUAAAAGCUCUCUACUAGCAUUCAUUUCCUUUGGAGUCCCCUACUCUACCUUUCAUCAACACCACAAUUAUAAAAUACUGUGUAUGUAUGCGUCGUCAUCAUAUUGUUUUUUUAUUUUUUAAAAUUGAUUAUUGAUCUGUUGUUGCCUCCAUGAAAUUUACUGUUUUUGCCUGUUUUUGAGUAGAGGGUUUAAGAAGGGUUAAAAACACACCUCAGGUCAGGUAAGAGGCCAGAGAGACCCAUGUCUGCAAAUCCACUCUGUUUCUCUCCAUUCUUAGCGAAGAAAAAGCAGUAAUUGAUAAUCACAGCUUCUUCUCAAUUGGUAUGUAUUUAUGUGCUCACCCAUCUUUCUUCUAUGCUCCUCCUUCAAUGGUGGCCUGAGAGGUCUCUCUCACAAAAUCUGGCUUUUUCUGCAACUGGGGUCUUGUUUUCAUGGCUAAAUCAAGAGUACCCAUUAAUUGUUGAUUCUCUCUUCUUUCCUACCCUUUAAUUCUUCUGUGUCUUUCUUUAUUCUUUUGUGUUCUUGGUCAUUGGGGAAUUAUCUUUUCUUGCCUAAAUGUAGAGUUGUCAUGAAUUUUCUUGAAUUCUUUUUUCUUUGUUUGUCUUAAUUCAACUUGUUCACAGAAAUGUUGUCUGUAAUUGCAAUAUGUCAGCUUCACAUGGCUCCUUAUUUGAUUCCAUAGCAUUAGAAUCUUGGGAUUUUCUAAUUAUAGUAGGACUCCAAUUGCUGAGCAUAAAGUUUAAGAUUGGUUAGUUCACAUGUAAAGGUUUGGCAUGCUGUUUUUGUUGAAACCCCUUUUUUUCCUUUUUGGUCCUCUUAUUUUAAGAGUCAUCUUCAUGUCAUAGGCCAAUCACUUCUCUAUUCUUCUUUUGUGCUCUUUGGUUUUCCUAAAUUCAUCAGAAUUUUACUUUCUUGGUGUGAAAUGGAAACUUGGGGUUUCUUUGAUUUUGUGGGCAUGUUUUUGUUCCUUCUCCUUCUGUCUGAAGGUUGUAUGGGUAGUGUCCAAAACAUAGGCACAGUGAAUCCAGGAUUUCGAGGGACUCAAAUGAAUUGGAUAGACAAUCAGGGCUUGUUUCUUUUAUCCAAUGAUUCGAAUUUUGGUUUUGGAUUCACCAAAACUCCCCAAAAUGUCACUUUGUUUCUUGUUGCUACUAUUCAUAUGAGCAGUUCAACAGUAGUCUGGUCUGCAAAUAGAGCCUCCCCAGUUCAAAUGUCUGAUAACUUUGUGUUCGAUGAUAGCGGGAACGCUUACUUACAAAGUGGGGGAAGCUUAAUUUGGUCUACAAACACUUCAGGCAAAGGGGUUUCAGCAAUGGAAUUGCUAGACUCAGGAAAUUUGGUUCUUCGUGGGAAAGAUAGUAGUGUAAUUUGGCAGAGUUUUAGCCAUCCGACGAACACCCUUUUAUCCAACCAAAAGUUCACCGAUGGAAUGAGACUUGUAAGCAAUCCAAACAAUAAUAAUUUGAGCUAUUUUCUAGAAAUCAAGAACGGCGAUAUGAUUCUCUCUGCAGGUUUUCAAACUCCACAGCCUUACUGGUCUAUGAGCAAAGAAAACCAAAAGAUCAUCAACAAAGAUGGUGGGGAGGUCACUUCGGCAUCUCUUAUUGCCAAUUCAUGGCGGUUUUUUGAUCAAAACAGAACCUUAUUGUGGCAGUUUGUUUUUUCGGAUAACAUUGAUCCAAAUGUCACUUGGGUUUCAGUUCUAGGAGACGAUGGCUUUAUUACCUUUUCCACUCUUCAAAAUGGAAGUUUAAGCAAUGUUUCGCCAACAAAAAUACCUAAAGAUCCAUGUAGCACCCCUGAAGCUUGUGAUCCAUAUAAUGUUUGUGAUAGCAAUAAGUGUCAGUGUCCUGCUUCCAUUCUAUCCUCCAGUCCAAAUUGCAAUCCCGGGAUUGUUUCCCCUUGUGAUAGUUCAAUGGGUCCUACAGAGCUUCUAAAAGUAGGGGAUGGACUUGACUAUUUUGCGCUUGGAUAUGUUUCACCGGUUAAUAAAACUGACUUAGAUGGUUGCAAAGCCAUUUGCGUCGGUAAUUGCUCCUGCCUCGCUUUGCUCUUUGAGAACAGCUCAGGCAAUUGUUUUGUUUUUGACAGUAUAGGGAGCUUCAAAAACAAUGGUGCUGGUUUUGUUUCAUUCAUUAAGGUUUUGAGUACUGGAGGCAGUGGGAACAACAACCCGGGAGGAGGUGGAAGCAGCCAGAAACGCUUCCCUUAUGUCAUCAUCAUUGCUAUUUCGACUGUACUUAUUAUUAUUGGUCUACUUUAUGGUGCAUAUCGUUACCACCGGAGGAAGAGUAAAUUGCCAGAGUCUCCCAAAGAUAAUUCAGAGGAGGAUACUUUCUUGGAGAGUUUGUCUGGGAUGCCAAUACGUUUUACUUACAAUUUUCUUCAAACUGCAACCAAUAACUUCUCUGUGAAGCUCGGACAAGGAGGGUUUGGCUCGGUUUACCAAGGGGCUCUCCCAGAUGGAACCCGUUUGGCUGUGAAGAAAUUGGAAGGAAUUGGUCAGGGAAAGAAAGAAUUUCGCGCUGAAGUUAGCAUCAUUGGCAGCAUCCAUCAUCUCCAUUUGGUACGACUGAGAGGCUUCUGCGCUGAAGGAGCACAUCGUCUUCUUGUUUACGAGUACAUGGCAAAUGGGUCGCUGGAUAAAUGGAUUUUCAAGAAAAACACAGAGGAUUUCAUGUUGGAUUGGAACACGAGGUUCAAUAUAGCAUUGGGGACUGCUAAAGGACUGGCAUAUCUCCACGAGGAUUGCGAUGCCAAGAUCAUUCAUUGUGACAUAAAACCAGAAAAUGUGCUCCUCGAUAGUAAUUUUCUUGCCAAAGUCUCGGAUUUUGGUUUAGCCAAGCUAAUGACCCGCGAGCAAAGCCACGUGUUCACGACUUUGAGGGGCACUAGGGGGUACCUCGCACCAGAGUGGAUCACAAACUAUGCUAUAUCAGAGAAAAGUGAUGUUUAUAGCUAUGGAAUCGUGUUGCUUGAAAUCAUUGGAGGGAGAAAAAGCUACGACCCCAACGAAUCUUCAGAGAAAUCUCAUUAUCCGUCGUAUGCAUUUAAGAUGAUGGAAGAAGGGAAACUGAGAAACAUACUUGAUUCGAAGCUCGAGGUAGAUGAAGAGGAUGAGAGGGUAGCUAUUGCAAUCAAAGUUGCUUUGUGGUGUAUACAGGAUGAUAUGCACCUAAGACCGCCAAUGACAAAGGUAGUCCAAAUGCUAGAAGGUCUAUGUGCUGUUCCUCCUCCCCCAAUGUCUUCUCAAAUGGGUUCGCGUCUCUAUUCAAAUUUCUUUAAAUCGACCAGCGGUGAGGGGACUUCUUCAGCACCAUCAGACUGCAACAGCGAUGCUCAUCUCUCUGCAGUCCGGCUUUCAGGGCCAAGAUAGUGUCUGCUGAACAUUCGGGGAGGGACAUAUCGGUAAAAUUUAGGGACUUUGUUGAUGAGAGUUACUCGUGUAUACAACAAUCUUGUGUUUUUUGUUACUGUAUAUUCAUUAGAUUACUCAAAUUUUGUAAUAGUAGUCACUACAAAAAGCUUGAAAGUUGUUUUGCACAUGGCCUGCUUUAUUGUUCUGUAAAUGAAAACGAGUACAAUGAAACAAAAAAGAGUGAACAACGUAAAACUUUGUAUUC